AUGGACUCGAGUGAACCUGUUCUUAGCUAUAAACCACUCCUCUACUUCCCUGUGGAUAUUACCGAAAAAUUCCCACUAAAGGGGACUCCCACAAGCUUACACGUAGUAGAAGAUAAUUGUAUUUCCACCAAUAACCGCGGCGAAUUAAGAUAUAUGAAUUUGAGUAAAUGUACGACUACUUUAAGGGCUAAAAUAUCACAACGCGGUAUAUCAAACUCGUGCUUGGAAGACUCUAACAAGUUUAUCUACUCAAUAACUUACAACUCGAAACUUUUGAUAAAUUCGCUUCAAAACGUUAAACGGUGUUAUGAAUUGAAGAAUUUACACGAUGGAUAUACACUGGCUGUAUCAACACCACCGGGAAUGAAUUAUUUGAUUUAUACAGGAGGAAGCGAUGGCCUCGUUAAGGUGUGGGAUAUUAGGAUGCUGAGAAACAGUAAUUUUCCAGUGAAAAUUAUUUCCAACCACAAAUCUUCCGUUUCAUCGAUUGCUUUUAGGGAUCCAACUGCUGCAACUUAUUGCCCCCAAAAGUACAAUUAUGUCGACCUAAACAAUCGUGACUUCCCUGACAUUUACUGCACUGCUUCAUAUGACGGAUUUAUCCGCGUGUUAGAUGUACCAUCCAAUCAAGUAUUAAUGUCUUACCAAGAUGUAGACAAGCUCUUGUGUCACUGCGAAUUUACUUUCAAUGGAAACUAUAUAUUAUCAAUGAAUUUACACGGCAAAGCAAUGCGUCAUUUAAUGCUAAACCCGCCAAUAUCAGCAAAAUUGCCAAAGAUACAAAGUUUAAACAAGGGAAUUCAUUCUUGGAACAGCCACAACUUUCCAGCAGUUAGCUUGCCAUUGGUGGAUAAGGAAAAUGUACAGAUUAAUCACGGCAGAAUUGUCACCAGAGUUACCAAGUUUGAAGAGUACAAAAGUCGAGAUGUUGAGUUGCUAGAUUUGUAUUGCUCGGAUUCACUGUAUGGGCUUGAGGAUAAUUUGUUGGAACGUGGUACGAUCACUUUUAGGAGCUGCAGCGACAGUGGCAAAAUUUUCUUUCCAAUGUUAAAUGGUACGAUUCAGGUACACGACAUUUGCACGAUGCAAAUCCUUUCCAUAAUCGGAAUGCCUAUGAAACUUGUAGAGGCCUCAAAUACUCCAAUUUUUUGCUGCGUAAAAACGUAUCCACAGAGUAAAUUGGUUAUAGCAGCGAUUACUGCUCCCAAAGGUGAAAUGAUGGUCUUCACUGAGGACUAUGAUACCUGUAACAAUUUAGAGGUAUCUCUCUAA